AUGAUAACAGGAAUGAGCAAAACAACAGAAUCAUCUUUUGUUACUCCGAAAAAGCCCCUAAAAGAUAAAAUAUCAUUAAUCUCCAAAUCUCUUUACAAAGUCGAUCUUUCCUACAAUCCUUUAUUAGACCUUGAAAGAUCUGUGAUCAGAGGAGAGGCUAAAGAUAUAAAAGAUGCCAAACCCAAAAGGAAGCCAAAAAUUUCAGCAGACAGAUUAACAGAAACCUUAAAACUCGAGCACAAAACACAAGCAGAAGGUAUGAGAAUACUUAGUCUUCCUAGACUACCAUACGGCAAUCACAAAACUUAUAAUGAUGAAUCAGGAUUCGUUACCGAUCAUUUCAUCACUGAUGAAGACAUCCAAAAUGAUCUAAAUAAGGCCAAAGCUCUUGAUGAAAUUACAAGAAAAUUCAGAAUAAAGGAAAAACGACUGAAAUAUGUGCAAAAUAUGCAAAGCAGGAAAGCUGCAAGACUUUCGCAAACUGAAGAUUUCUUCUCUUUUGAGUCAGAUGGAGGCCAUCUGAUGUGCAAUAGGGUAAAAGAGGUUAUUGAAACGUAUGAUGCUGAAAAAGAGAAAUACAGCCAGAAGCAUCCUUAUGUUCAUUUGACAUUUAAGGACUUGGAAGAGUUGAAAGGGAGAAAGCGAAUCAAAUUUAGGACUCAGACAGAUUGGACGUAUCAAAGUAUGAUGACCGAGAGGUUAGCAGUGAGCAAAAGAGAAGUCAAGCGACCUAAACUAUUAGAAAGUCAAAAUUUCAAAAUGCUUGAAGGAGCUUUAUCGUCAUCUAGACCCCUAACUUGCUAUACAAUAAAUCUUAUAUAA